CGAUGCAAUUCCAGCAACUGAGUUGAAAAAGCGUCGUGUUCACCGCAUUCUCACCAACACUAUUCCACAGUACUUCGCUCUGGUAACUCGCAGUCGCCAGGACCUCGUUCUUGUGGGUCCAGAGGGUUGCAUACUUACCUCCAGUGUCGACCCACAGGUCAAGGUCUCCUUCCCAAGAGGCGCUUUGCAAAAGAAGAUCCGCGUGGGUCUGCAGGUUCAAACUGUUGAUCCCCGACUUGUUGAAGAAUGUCUGGGCUCACCGCGAAUCGCUGUCUCCCCUAUUGUUACCAUAGAACCGCGUAGACGCAAGUUCCAUCGUCCUAUUAUGGUCUUCAUUCCACUUCCCAAAGUCGGUGGCAAAGGAGAAAAUCAGGGAGGAGGAAAGAAUCAGACAUCGGAUCUGUCGACUGUGAGACUCCUGUGCUCAAUUACGGGAGGAACUGCUCAGGCUAUCUGGGAGGAUAUUACUGGCAGCUCGCCAUUCUCCUUACAGAAGGAUUGUGUUUCAUUUACUACUACCGUUUCAGCUAGGUGCGUUUUAUUUUAA